UGUUUUCUGACCAAAUACGUUAAAAUACAACUACUGAUUUAAUCAGGACAGACAACCGUCAAGUCACAGGACGGACAGAUAUCUCACAGUAACUCCAGAGGAGAGAGAGAGUCUGAGAUGGCAGAGGGUUUCAAUCACAGCAGUUGUGAGGCUUUUGAAUAUAAGCUGGUCCUUCACAGGGACUUCCACUUGAUAUCUGGAAUCCACUCUCCUGAGGUGGUGGAUCAAAUUCAUAACUUUGAGAUUCAAGACUCUGAUGUCUUUGUCAUUACUUACCCUAAAUCAGGUACUAUUUGGUUGCAGCAAAUCCUCUGUCUGAUAGAGGUUAAGGGAGAUGCUACAGCGAUAAAUGAUCAGCUGAAUUCUGACCGUAUCCCAUGGAUGGAACUUUUAAAAUCUGAGAAACAGUUUGUUUCUGCCCCUUCCCCUAGGAUCCAUGUGUCUCAUCUACCAUACAGAUUCAUGCCACUUGGAUUGAAACAAAAGAAGGGCAAGGUCAUCUAUGUGGCCAGAAAUCCAAAGGAUGUUUUGGUGUCUUACUUCCAUUUUCACAACUUUGCCAAUAUGCUGGAGACCCCAAAAGACUUUGAAGACUUUUUUGAGAAAUUCAUGGAUGGAUAUGUUUUUGGCAAUUGCUGGUUUGAGCAUAUCAAGGGCUGGUGCUCCCAAAGUGAUGAGAUGAACUUUUUGUACAUUACAUAUGAGGAGAUGAUCAAGGACUUGCGGUCAGUGGUUGAGAGGAUUGUUUCAUUCUUGGGGACAAACUUGACACCACAGCAGCUGAAUGAUGUUGUUGAGCACAGUACCUUCAAAAAUAUGAAGACCAAUCCUCAGGCCAAUUACCAGCAUGUCCCUGCCCUCCUGCUGAACCACCAGCUGGGAGCCUUUCUGAGGAAAGGAACUGUUGGUGACUGGAAGAAUUACUUCACUGUGGCUCAGAAUGAGAGAUUUGAUGAAGUUUACCAAGAGAAGAUGAAAGAUUUUCCUCUUUCUUUCGUCUGGGACAUGAGUGAUCUUGUCACACCAUGAUUUAUUCAGUCUCAUCCUGUGUACUCAGCAGGGU